UUUAUACAUACACAUAUGUAUCAAAGAGUCGGUUCGAAAUACAUAUACAUAUGUGUAUAUGUGUAGAAUCGGGUGUAGUGAUUGAAAUAAUUUUAUAAAAAGAUUAAUGGUUAAAGAUUAAUUAGUAGUGGCUAGCAGUCAUGUCGAAUAGAAUAAAAAUGUUUACCAGACUAGGUCUAAGUGUUUUAAACAAUAACAUUAAGAAACCAAUAAUUUCUAGUGGAACAAAAACCCUUUACACUGCAUCGGGAUUGGGUAUAGACGAAUAUAAAAUUACAAGAGAGCGUGUUCUCGUGAAGUAUGGUUCAGGCGCAGAUGGAUUUCGAAAAAAAAUGUCAGAUAUAGUAAAUAAUGAAAAUUCAAUGGUAUUUUCAGAAGAUUUGAAAAAUUUUGGCUACAUGAUUAAUAAUACACCGGAAGAACUAGCCGUACUUUCUAAUCUUAUUUUAAAAUAUAAUAGUCAAAACAGCGAUUUUCGUUUUGGAGUAAUCAGAUCAGGCCCAAUUAUUAUGCGAGCACUUCAUUAUUUGAAUCAGCCUGAUGUUGCUUUCGAACUAUUUAUGAAUCCUAACACAGACGCAUUUUUUAAUCAAAUAACCACGUUUAUUUUGUUAGAAGAUUUAUUAUAUGAAAAUAAAAAAUACAACCAAGUACGAGAGGUUUAUAAUAAAAUAAAACUUUUACUCAAUAACUCAGUUCAUCCAAAACUAGUAGCUAUAAUUAUAAUGUUAUCAUGCUAUAAAGAGAAUACACCAGAAAGUUUUGAAUAUGGCUUGAACAUAUAUAGAGAAAUAAUAAAUAAAGGAAAUACUCCUUUGAAAAAAAUAGUUAGUGCUAUUGGUGCUUUAUCUUUAAACCAAAAAGCUCCUCAUAUAACUCUUGAAAUUCUAUCUCAAUUUUCCAAUCAAAACUACAUCAGUGUUAAAAGCCUUCGACUCAUAGCUCUGGCUGAAUUAGGUAGAUUGGAAAACAUUUUUGUAGAAUUUAAAUUUAUUCUUCAACAUGAAGCAAAAAAUAAUCAACUGUAUAAAGAUGUGAUACCUAAAAUACAAGAAACAUUCAAAAAUGGAAAUCUUGAACCAAAUCCAGAAUUGCUGCAAUUAUUGGAAAAACUUCAAUUUGGAGGAUACAUUUCAGACCUGACGUUAGACGAACAUCUUACAAUGCCAAUUGAACUACAACCUAAAGAUAAAAAAAAGUCACGAUUAUUAAAAUCACAAUUAGCAGACUAUGAUGAUGAAUCGGACAAUUGGGGUCCAAAAUCAUAUAUCAAACAUAAUAAUUGAUAAAAAUUUGUUUGUAUUAAAUCAUAUAGUAUUGAAUGUUUACGGAAACACAUUUCAAAAUUUAUUCAAGUUUGAAUAAUACAAAUCAUUUUUACAUUCUUUAAAAUACAUAAUAAAAAAAUAUGUCGCUUUCUUCAUUCAAUUAAAUUGUUAACACGG